AUGAAUUGCAAAUCAAACAUUGUCCAAAUUAACAUAACAUGCAAUUUAAAGGGCAAGAAAACUGACACUCGUGACACCCAUCAAAAGGGUGUUAAUUUCCAUCAUCGCACUAUUCAGUUGAUACAACUACAUUAUCUCCACAUUUAGGCUUACAUUACCCUGAAAUUGUGUUCAAAAUCCAUUGAGAUAAACAUUAAGUGCAUAAACCCUUGACGCAAAGACUACAUCCUUCAUUGCAAUCGUAAAUAUAAGAGAAGCAACCAUCGAAUGCGUAGAUAUUAUUAUCACUGCACAUAAUACCUUCAUCUAAACCUUGUAUUUUUUAUGCAUCAGUAAACACUUCAAAAUCUCUAAUACCAUAGAGAGGAGUAUUGACAGAUACAGUGGAAAAUGCUGGGAUUUCGAAAGUAAUAGUUAAUGUUGAGGCACUGCUUGGAUAUUCUCCUAAAUCAAUUUUAUCCAAUUUUAAAUAAGAACCACAAAUGAUAUUAGCAGAAGUAAUAGAAAUGAAAGUAAAUUGUUGAUUAGUUA